CACCAGCUUCCCUCCUGGCUGCCUGCUGUUUACCAUUGCAGAAGUGGUGAACUACUCGGAGUCAGAUACCAGCCAGACAUGCAACAUGUAUGGUCAGUGUAAUGUUAUAGUUCAGCUGGGGGAAGAACAGAGACCCAUCUUGAAGCUGCAUUGAUUUUGGACCCUGUCAAUUGACUGAGAAUGGCUAAAAUAAUUGGAUCCACGACAACAGAUAACCUCAAUUCACAGAACCUUAUGGCAAAGGCUCUCUAUGACAACAAAGCAGAGACGCCUGAUGAGCUGGCAUUUCGUAAAGGAGACAUACUGACGGUGAUAGAACGAAAUGUCAAAGGGGAUGAGGGAUGGUGGCGUUGCUCUCUGCAUGGACGACAAGGCAUUGCUCCCGGAAACCGCCUGCAGCUGCUCACUGGGUCACAGUAUGAUAUCCCGUCUCUGAACUCGUCAUCCUACUCUUUGCAACACAGGCAGUCGCAGCAAAACAUCUAUCAGUCGCCAACGAAGCAACAUCAAAGCCUGUCCUCAACCCCUAGCUCCGGGGCAAGAGAUAAUGUCUAUCAGGUGCCCUCCAUGCCCCGGUCACACAGUCAGAUCUACCAAGUGCCAACAGCAUCUGCUGAAUUCCAUGGUAACAGGGGCCUGGAACAUCCAAAUCAGAUGUAUGGCAGUCCUGGACCAGCAAGGAAAUUCUCAAUGUUCCAAACUGAAGCAGAGAAGAGUCUAAUCCAGCAGCUUUACGACAUUCCACUGAGUCUCGAGAGGCCCAGAGCUAUAGCCCUGCAGCAGGUGUAUGAUGUCCCUCCAAGUGUAUGCAGAGAUGGACCGAAUAGACAGAGCACCUAUGACAUCCCCGUGUCUUACGGUAGCGAGCCUCAGAGGUUGUCAGCCGGGCCGUAUUGCACCCUGCCGGCUCCCGGCAAACACAGCCGGGAUCAAGUGGACGCCAGCCGAGCUGCCAAACCCGAGCUCUACGACGUGCCGCUCUCCAGGGACGGAGCCGCCUUGUCAAAGGAAGCCCUGUACGACGUUCCUCCCACCACGGGCGGCGCUACCGGCUGGGGUUCACCUCAUCACGGCACCCUGCCGGCGAGGCUAAAACAUCCGGCCGCUGCCCGUCAGCCUCUGUACGACGUCCCCUCGCCGACGUCGCAGCGCUCACUUUACGACGUCCCCCCGUCACGUGAGCCCGCAGCGUCCAACCGCCGCCUCUCGAAGUUUCCAGAAGUCUACGACGUUCCGGUCAGCGCUGUGAAGCCGGUCCCGGACGCCGCGCACCAUAACCUUUACGACUUGCCCAGGAUUGGCCCCCGGGACGCACCCGCUGCCAGGAACCCCGCGGAGUCCGUCUAUGAUGUCCCCCCGCAGGUGUCCCGGGACGUGGAGGCCGCCCGGGAGGAGGAGGGCCCAGGCCCCGCGGUGCCCGACACCGCCCAGGAGAUCACCCUGGAUGUGGAGAUGGCCGUCGGCCGGUUGGUGCAGCUGCAGCAGCAGGUCGUCGACUCGGUGGGCAGCGUUAUGGUGUUCGUCAGCAGCCAGUGGAGGCAGCUGUCCUUCUUGGAGGAGAACCUCAGCCAGAUCCACUCGGCAGCGGACGAGGUGAUGAAGUCGCUGGGCACCUUCAUGGACUUUGUGAGGGGAGUGAAAGUCAAUGCCACACGCCUGACGGAUGGCAAUCUCCAGAACCGGCUGUACAAGCAGCUCUUGAUCCUGGAGGAUUCCUACCACAUCAUGGUGGAGACCUGCCAGGCACUGGGCGCCUCCGACUGGUCCCUCGAUGUCCUGGUGGUGAGCAGCCCUCAGGCCAGCCCUGACGAUCUUGACCGCUUCAUCAUGGUGACCCGGACCAUCCCGGAUGAUGUGAAGCGACUUGCGUCCAUUAUAAUUGCCAACGGCAAGCUUCUCUUCAACCAGGUGGCAGAGAGGCAUGAAGGACAGUGUCAGCAGCAAUCCCCUUCAACACCGGGCAACCCACAGUCCACCAGUGACAACCAGCCUCGUCUGCAGAGGAAGAACAACGGGCUCUUUAUUAAACAAAAAGCUCCACUGCCAACACCUCCAAGGAAAGAUAACAAUUCAAAACCAAGAAACCUGUUAAUCGCCAGACAAACCCACAUAGAAGACUGCGAUUAUGUCCAGUUACAGAGGAAAGAGGAAUUUGAAAGGCAAGAUCAAGAAAAGGAAAGCAUCAAACAACAAGAAAGAGAAAGUUUCAAGCAGAAAAAGCUCCUUUUAGAACGAAAGAUGACAGAAGAAAAGAUUCGAAAACCGGGAGAUGGCAGUGUUAAAGGGCUGAAGGAGACCCAGUCCCUUAUCUCUGGCUCUGACCAAUGCAGAAUGUUCUUUAAUGCCCUGCAAAAGGCAAUCAUUGCAUUCACUGACAAUGUCAAUGAAAACCAAUCCUUGGAGGUUUUAAUCAAAAACAGCAAAGCAGUGAUAAUGAUUGGCCAAAAGCUGGUGGACCUGCUGUGCCGUGAGACCGGACAAAAGAACAUUCAUAAAGAGAUGCUGAGUAGAAGCAAUCAGUUCUGUGGGAGGAUGAAAAAGGUUGCCAUGGCAACCAAGAAUGCAGUAUUGCAGCCGAACACCAAGACCUUACAAGAGAUGAAGGAUCAGGUGGCAGAACUAUCCCAGCAGGCUGAGCAGCUCUGGCUUCUACUAGAACAGGCCACAUCUCAGAGGGGAGCUGAAAACUGAGAAGCAGGGAGAUUUUAUCUUAUCUUUUCGCUAAAAUUCACAUUACAAAAAAGUUGCAGAUUUCUAAUUUGUUUUAUCUCUUGCCAUUUGUUUUAAACCAGUUUUUAAAUGAGACAAAGUACAGUAAGGCAGGUUUUAUUCAGUAACAAGUUAAGCUGAGGAAGAAGCUAACUUAGAUUUCCAAACAAUUAAUUUUGUUCCUCUGUAGUGGCAUCACAUUUUAGUAUUUAUGGCUAAACUAAACAGUAUUUAUUAGAAAAGGUUGGAUAUAGUACAAGAGGACUAUAUCUGGUUCAUCAGAUUCUUUGACCCCCCCCCUCUACCAACAAUGCCUUAAUUUGAACUGUUUUAAAGUUCAUUGUAACCUAGGUGAAAAGGAGUAGUUUUAGUAAAAUUUAGAACCAAAGUUAAAAUCAGUAAGUGAACUCCAGGCUUUAUGUUUUCACCAGAGAAGCCUAGUUUCAUCAGGAAAUCUCUUUUGAGCUAUAAAUUGGUGUAAAAGAGAGAGCUAGGGUUCUGAUCCCUCUCCCUGCCUUCAAUAGGUGCAAUUAAAAAUAACUGGAGAAAUGCAGGAAAAACACGAAUUUGAGGCGAGAGUGGCAGCUUUUGAUGCCAAGGCUGCAUUUUACAAGCUGGAGUCAGUGGAAAUCGGGUGAAAAACCCCUCUGGUUAGAAUCACCUUGAACAAAGAAGAUGGUUGUGGUUGUUGGCAGUCAGUCAUCUCAGCUUCUGGAUAUCUGCUAAUAUCAAUGAACUUGCUGCCAUCAUAAAGUCAGGAGUGAGGAGGUUUGCUGAUUGCGCAAUGUUCAGUACCAUUUGGAAUUUGUACAAGGCCAGCAAGACAUGGACAGUAAGUGGCAAGUAAUAUUCACAUCUCACAAAAUGCCAGGUAAUGGCCAUCUCCAAUGAGAAUUUAAUUACUGUCCCUUGACAUUGUGAUGAAUUCCCCUCGUCACAUUUUUCCGUCCGCGCCCCCCCCAUCACUGACAGACACGCACCAUAUCCAGAAGCAUCCCCUUUUUCACCAUUUAAUGCUCAAUAACAACCAUCUAUAGGAUGCACUACAGAAAUUAACCAAGGCUCCCUAGCACCUUCCAAACUCUUGCCCACCUCCAUCAAAGACAAUAGCAGGAGAUACGGGAGAACGCCAUCUAUAGUUGCCUUCCAAGCCACUCACCAUCCAGACUUCGAAACCUGUGGCUAUUCUUGCACUAUUGCCAGAUCAAAAGUUUGGACCUCCCUUCCAGUAUUACAGUUGCACAGUAUUACAGUUGCAGAAAGGAUGUUUGGGGACUCGUCAGCUGAGGUUAGAAACAGGAUAGGAGAGGUCACCCUGUUGGGAGUUUUCUAUAAGCCUCCAAAUAGUUCCAGAUAUGUAGAGGAAAGGAUAGCAAAGAUGAUUCUCGAUAGGAGUGAGAGAGAGAGACAGGGUAGUUGUCAUGGGGGACUUCAACUUUCCAGAUAUUGACUGGGAACACUAUAGUUCGAGUACUAUAGAUGGGUCAGUUUUUGACCAGUGUGUGCAGGAGGGCUUCCUGACAUAGUAUGUAGAUAGGUCAACAAGGGGCGAAGCCACAUUAGAUUUGGUACUGGGUAAUGAGCCCGGCCAGGUGUUAGAUUUGGAAGUAGGUGAGCACUUUGGUGAUAGCGAUCACAAUUCUGUUAUGUUUACUUUAGUGAUGGAAAGGGAUAGGUGUAUACCAUUGGGCAAGAGUUAAAGCUGGGGGAAAGGCAAUUACGAUGAGAUUAGGCAAGAUUUAGGGAGCAUAGGAUGGGGAAGGAAACUGCAGGGGAUGGGCACAUUAGAAAUGUGGAGCUUAUUCAAGGAAAAGCUCCUGUGUGUCCUAGAAAAGUAUGUGCCUCAGGCAGGGAGGAAGCUGCAGAGUGUGGGAGCUGUGGUUUACGAAGGAGGUGGAAUCUCUGGUCAAGAGGAAGAAGGCGGCUUAUGUUAGGAUGAGAUGUGAAGGCUCAGUUAGGGCACUUGAGGGCUACGAGGUAGCCAGGAAAGACCUAAAGAGAGAGCUCAGAAGAGCCAGGAGGAGACAUGAGAAGUUGUUGGCGGAUAGGAUCAGGGUAAACCCUAAGGCUUCCUAUAGGUGUUUAAGGAAUAAAAGAAUGACGAAAGAUUAGGCCCAAUCGAGGAUAGUAGUGGUAAGUUGUGUGUGGAGUCAGAUGAGAUAGGGGAAACGCUAAAUGAAUAUUUUUCAACAGUAUUCACUCUAGAAAACGACAAUGUUGUCGAGGAGAAUACUGAGAUACAGGCUACUAGACUAGGUGGGAUUGAGGUUCACAAGGAAGAGGUAUUAGAAAUCCUUCAGAGGGUGAAGAUAGAUAAGUCCCCUGGGCCGGAUGGGAUUUAUCCUCGGAUCCUCUGGGAAGCCAGGGAGGAGAUUGCCGAGCCUUUGGCAUUGAUCUUUAACUCGUCAUUGUCUGCAGGAAUAGUGCCAGAUGACUGGACGAUAGCAAAUGUGGUUCCCCCGUUCAAGAAGGGGAGUAGAGACAACCCUGGUAAUUAUAGACCAGUGAGCCUUACUUCAGUUGUUGGUAAAAUGUUGGAAAAGGUUAUAAGGGAUAGGAUUUAUAAUCAUCUAGAAAAGAAUAAAUUGAUUAGGGAUAGUCAGCACGGUUUUGUGAAGGGAAGGUCGUGCCUCACAAACCUUAUUGAGUUCUUUGAGAGGGUGACCAAACAGGUAGAUGAGUGUAAACCGGUUGAUGUGGUGUAUAUGGAUUUCAGCAAGGCGUUUGAUAAGGUUCCCCACAGUAGGCUAUUGUACAAAAUGUGGAGGAAUGGAAUUGUGGGAGAUAUAGCAGUUUGGAUCGGAAAUUGGCUUGCUGAAAGAAGACAGAGGAUGGUAGUUGAUGGAAAAUGUUCAUCCUGGAGACCAGUUACUAGUGGUGUACCGCAAGGGUUGGUGUUGGGUCCACUGCUGUUUGUCAUUUUUAUAAAUGACCUGGAUGAGGGCAUAGAAGGAUGGAUUAGUAAAUUUGCAGACGACACUAAGGUCGGUGGAGUUGUGGAUAGUGACGAAGGAUGCUGUAGGUUGCAGAGAGACAUAGAUAAGCUGCAGAGCUGGGCUGAGAGGUGGCAAAUGGAGUUUAAUGCAGACAAGUGUGAGGUGAUGCACUUUGGUAGAAGUAACCAGAAGGCAAAGUACAGGGCUAAGGGUAAGAUUUAGUAGUGUAGAUGAGCAGAGAGAUCUCGGGGUCCAUGUACACAGAUCCUUGAAAGUUGCCACCCAGGUUGACAGGGCUGUUAAGAAGGCGUACAGUGUUUUAGCUUUUAUUAAUAGAGGGAUCGAGUUACGGAACCAAGAGGUUAUGGUGAAGCUGUACAAAACUCUGGUGCGGCCGCACUUGGAGUAUUGUGUACAGUUCUGGUCACCGCAUUAUAAGAAGGAUGUGGAAGCUUUGGAAAGGGUGCAGAGGAGAUUUACUAGGAUGUUGCCUGGUAUGGAGGGCAGGUCUUACGAGGAAAGGCUGAGGGACUUGAGGCUGUUUUUGUUAGAAGAAGGUUGAAAGGUGACUUAAUUGAAACAUAAGAUAAUCAGAGGGUUAGAUAGGGAGAGCCUUUUUCCUAGGAUGGUGACGGCAAGCACGAGGGGGCAUAGCUUUAAAUUGAGGACAGAUGUCAGAGGUAGUUUCUUUACUCAGAGUAGUAAGGGAAUGGAACGCUUUGCCUGCAACGGUAGUAGAUUCACCAACUUUAAGUACGUUUAAGUCGUCAUUGGAUAAGCAUAUUGACGUACAUGGCUUCAGAUCGGUAUGACAGGUUGACACAACAUCGAGGGCUGAAGGACCUGUACUGUGCUGUUAUGUUCUAUGUUCCAAAUGGUGUAGGAGCCUAUGUCCAACACAGGGACUGCAGUGGUUUAAGAAGCUCAUCACCAUUGCAAGCUAACGAUGCCCACUUCCCCAAAUGAUAUUUAAUAUAAAACACAAGACAAAUGACAACUGAGAUAUACUCCUUUAGUCAGGGAAUGCGGUUCAAUAGAAACGAUUCGGAGCCAUGGUUUAUGUAUUUGCCCAGAUUUUGGCUGAAGUGUGGCAAUGGAAAGAAAAAGGACAAGUUGGCAUGCAGUUGAGGUGUUUGCAGACAUGUAUGAAGGGUAAUUGCAGGAGAAUGGCAAGGAUACAAAUUUCAGUAAGAUUCGUUGUCAGAUAAAGCAAGACUUAAAGUUUCAUCUUAUUUGUCAGAAAUUCUUUAUCCCUAGUUUCCUAAAACUUCAGGUUUUAUCUUAUCACUCUCUCCUAUUAGCUUGUCUGCUGCACCAUGGAAAGUUAGAAUUAUGCCCUGUACCAUAUUGAUACAGUAUGCACGUUUCUAAGAAGUAUUGCCUGAGGCACAAAGAACUUUACAGUUUGAAAGGAGAAUGAUACAAGGUAUGUCUGGAGGAAAAGAGAAAAUCUCAGUACAAAGUGGAAAGAGACAGUAAUAUUCAAGUUGCAGGCAAAGACUUUUUUUCUUUGGGUACGUAACUAAUUGUCAUACAGUCAGUGACUGUAGGGGUCAAUGGAUUUCUUUGUAACCUGGGACAGAGGGUCUUGGGUUCAAUAAUUUUGAGAAACUCAAGAAAGCAGAAUUAAAAUGUUUAUAGCCCAACACCCCUUGGAAGAUGUAAGGUCUCAGCUAGGGAAGGAGCAAAUUUGAGAAGCUGAUGUCUGCAUUUUUUUCUAUUUGUUUGUAACACAUUGGUUAAUUUUCCUUUCUUGAGAGGAAAAUAAAUUGAUUUGCCAUAGAGUGCAGAAGAACACCAGUGAGUGUUGUAUGUCUCUUUACUACAAAACAAAAACAGGGCUUGGGGAGGUGUGGAUACAGUCCCAUCAUUGAUCAUGAACCGAUGGAAGUCUUUGGGAGGGUGUCUGCACCACAUAUGAGGGGUCUGGCUAAUUUAUCUGGGCCAUGGAACAUGAUAGGCAACUGCAAACUGAGCAGAAUGUAAAAUGGAUUGUAAUUCAGUCACAAGCUUUUGUAGCAUCACUCAUGACACAUUGUAAACCAACUAAGGAUGUAACUUAUCACAGAAGCACUGCCCAUUCUGCUCCCAGUGGUUAGUGCCUAACAUUGCAUACCUGCAUUUGAUGGUGUCCCAGUUACAAUAGAUGUUUACCAAAACAGACCCAAGUCAUUUCCUAAGUAUUGGAGUCAGUGUUAUUUACUAUAGGUCAAGACAAAACUCUGACUCUUCUGGAUGCAGGCUGGACUAGAUAUCAGUUCCAGUCAAAUUGCUAUUGACUAUGACUGUAAAUCUCAAAAACAGUGGUGUAAUUAACCAAAAAAAAUAGCUGUUGGUGCCUGAGUGACUCAAUGAGAGGAGGGGAUAGAAGAGAAAGAAAAAGAUCAAUUUUAGGAAUAGGAUUCACUUUGAGAAAUUGCAAAAGAAAAAUCAAUAUUGGCAUGACAACUUUUAUGGAUGAUUUUAAUUAAUUUUGUUUUAACAAAUGCCUGUUAUCUUCAUACAGUAUAGUCUUCAGCCCCAGGGAGCCUCCUUACUAAAAGGUGAAGAAGAAUAAUAAAGCUCCUUGGGGUUCCUAUCAAUUUGUUUUUGAAAACUCAAUAUUGAACAGUAAUGCUAACAGUAGGAGACUGAAUAAAGAACAGAUCCUCAGACUGUAUGUCAGCUAAAUCAGUGUGCUGCUACAGUGAAAUCUGGAUCCAAUAGAAUCAAUUUAAAUUUUUUUGUGUACUGCAACUAGUUUUGUGUUACCAAUUUUGAUCCCUGCUGUCUGGAGCACAUUAAUACAUCCAGCCAGGACCCUUCAUGACAUAAAUCCAACUCCACAUACAAUAUGGUUGUCAUUCCACCAUUCACUGCUCUGGGUGCUAUACAUUGAAUUCUGGUCCAAUAUUAGUCAAUGUCAAAAUAACAGAUAAGUAAUUGGUUCCUUUUUCACAUAAACAAUACAGCAACUUCAAAAAAAAAUACUUGUGGAUUACAUGAUAACAUACAAAGCUGACUAGAGUUAUGCUCCUCUACAUUAGCUUUGCAUAAAUGUCAUUUUACUGUCUGCCUUACUGUUGAAGUGAAUGGUACAACAUUGAUGUAUUUACAUGGUGAAUACCAACAAAACCUUGGGCAGCUGUUCAGCUUUUAAAACAACAUGCAAGCUGUUAAUUAUCAUAAUGUAAAUUCUGGUAUGAAUAAUUAUUGCUAAUGAGUCAGAUUUUAAAAAAACCUUAAGAAACAAAAGUUCAGAUGUUCAGUUUUAAAUUUGUUCACUUUUCAUUUUUAUCUUCUCAAUCCCUUUAUACACAUUAUUUAACAUUGAAUUUCACUGAUUUUUAAUUCACUGUUGUCUUAUCACUCACCAGGAGCCCGGAUGCCCAAUUUACAUCACCUUAUUGCUAUCAACUCUGACUUACAGUAAUGUUGUGGACUUCUCAGUAAGUUGAAGGGAGUAGAGUCAGGCUGCUGCUGUUAGAUGUCUUAUUACUUUAAAAAAAAUGACAAGGGCAAAUGGUGGCUAAACCAGUAUCUGCUACUCAUCCCUCCUCAUGGCGGAAUUUGAAUUCAGUAAGAAUCUGGAAUUAUGAGCUGAAUGAUGACCAUGAAUCCAUGUUGAUAGAAAAUAUUGUCUGGUUCACUAUGUCCUUAAGAGGAAGAAACUGCCAUCCUUACCCGGUUUGGUCUACAUGUGACUCCAGACCCACAGCAAUGUAAUUGACUCUUAACUACCCUCUAACCAAUUCCAGAUGGGCAGUAAAUGCAGGCGAGCCAGUGAUGCCCACAUCCCAUGAAUAGUAUUGGUAGAUCCACAGUGUUGUUAGGGAGGAUUUGGACCCAAUGACAGGGAAGAAUGGUAAUACAAUUCCAAGUCAGAAUGGUGUAUAUUUUGGAGGGGAGCUUGAAAGAGAUGGUGUUCCAGUAUGCCUGCUACCUCUGCCCUACAGGCCAGUGACUCAUCUCUGUGUUACAUUUCAGAUGUGCGACGAGCAGUAAAACAGAUUUCUAUAUAUAGUACUAUGGAACUCCCUACAGUAGCCCCCUCAUUCCUAGGACCAUAUUACCAACAAUUAGCUCUUUUACAGAAACCUUGAACAUAGUUUGAUCUAAGAGGUUGGUUUUAGGAAUGUCUUAAAAGGAGGCUGUAAGGCCAAGGAUUAGGAGGGAAUUUGUACUUUAGAUCUAAGCAGCCAAAGCCACGUAUGGGAGACUGAAAAAAAUCAGGAUGUGUAAGAAGCCAAGAGAUAACAAGGUGUAAAGCUGGAUGAACGCAGCAGGCCAAGCAGCAUCAAGGGAGCAGGAAAGCUGACAUUUUCUGAAGAAAGGUCUGGGCCCAAAAUGUCAGCUUUCCUGCUCGGCCUGCUGUGUUCAUCCAGCUCUACACCUUGUUAUCUCAGAUUCUCCAGUAUCUGCAGUUCCAACUAUCUCUGUGCAAGAAGCCAGAUCUGAAGCAGAGCAGAAAUUUUGUCAGGUUGAAGGUGCUGGGAAAGGCAGAGCCACUGCUAGAUUUAAAAACAAGAAUUAGUAUUUUAAAAUUGAGGGCACUGCACUAGGGACUGGAAGCCCAGGUAGUUUAUGGGAUACAAAUGUGAUAAGCACCACUAAUUUAAAUCCAAAUCUUUACCUUGAGACCGUGAGACCCUUUACCAGAAUUCUGUCUUGUAUUGAUAAUAAAUACAACUCUCUCAGUAAUGAUUCCCUGUCACCAUUGCCCAUAUUUCCAGUAUUCAUUGUUGAAGUAGUAUUUUCUGUGCAUAAACAAUUUAAAACAUGCUGAGUAAACAAAGAUUUGCAACUAUUUAAGCUGCACACAGAUUUUGAUGACAAUGUUUACAGAAUACUACUUUUAAUACAUCUAUUUCUUGUAUUUUUAGCUGAAGUUUGUCAAAGUUUACAAAGUUGGUAUACAAUGCACCACCUUACAAUUUACGGCCAAUUCAUCGGAGUGUUUUGGUCUUAAAAAGAAUCUUGACUUCAGUGAUAAAGAGCUUCCUCUUCCCAAAAAUAAAAAUCCAGUGCUGGUGGUGGGGACAAAGCCCUUCAAAAUGGGUUGUAACAAACUAUAUACAGGACCUUUAGUUUCCUGACUUCAACAUGGGAUAGAGGUACAGGAGCCCAGGAGCUCCUAGAGUGGUUUUCUGAUCAGUGAGGGUGUUGAUCUCAGUGCCUUGGGGCUAGGAAAGGGACAGGAACAUAAUAAUCUGAUGGUAUUCACUGUCUGGACCACCACUUGCAGAAUAGCCAUUUUGGCGAGGUGGAGGGUGGCAUUUCGCAACUGUAGGCUGUAUUGUACCAGAAAUCACUAGAAUGCAACAAAAUUUCAAAGGACAUAGACAAUUAAAAGACAGACUUGGAUUUAUCUGGCGCUUUUUGCAACCUCAGGAUAUUCCGUAGCAUUUCCCAGUCAAUUGAAAAACUGCUGGAUUGUAGGGAACACAACUGCUAAUUUGCACACAACAAAAUCUAAAGACACAGGGUUAAUGGUCAGACAAUACAUCUAAGUUUGGUUGAGGGGAUAAAUAUUAGCCAGCCAGGGCAUUGGAAAAUAUUCCUACUGCUGUUCAAAUAAUGCAUGGCAUUUAGGUUUAUAAAUUCUAUUAACAACAACUCCAUCACCACAACACAGCAUAAACCUAGAUUUCUGGUCAAAUCUCUGGACUGGUGCUUGAACUUAGAACCUUCUAGUUCAGAGAAAAGGCAGCCUGUAUUAACCAAAAUACCACCUGAGGAGGCUGCUGAUUCUGGCCGCACAACUUGGACAAAUUAAAAGAACACACUUGAUGGAAUUUUUUUAAAAAAUAGAAUGCCUAAGUCUUACUGUCCCCAAUGUUUUUAGUUGUAAAAUUCAGAACUGUUUUGUAUUUCUUCUAUGCAUUUUUUCUUCUGGUGAGCUGCAUCCCAUUAUGUUUGAAGAGGUGAUGCUGAUAGAACCAUUGUUGUUUUUGUACAUUUUCAUUAAAAUAUUAUUGCUACA